UGCAGCCAGUGUUCCUAACCACUGAGCCAUCUCUCCACCAACUCCUGGUUUUCUGAAUGACAAUGUAAGAAUUAUUUUGAGUGUGUGUGUGUGUGUGUGUUAAAUUUUGCUUUCCUUCUUGACACCCUUUUUAGUGUCUAAAGAAAUAUUCUAUUUUUCUAGCCUCUAAUUUGAUGCCUGGCACAGUUUGCACUGUGCAGUGAUUACAUUAGUUAUUUUUUUUUUCUGUCAGAAGUUUAUAAUUUGGCAAACUGGAUGUAUAAGUUUGACCUGCUGUAGUUACUGUCCCUGAGGAAGGAAGCGGCCUGUGUUGAGUAGCAACUCCUUUUAGCACCUACUUAGUAGAAUUUAUCUUCAGAUAUUGUGUGCUUAUUGAUAUUAGACCUAUAGGCUGUAGCUGCUCUCUCAUACUACAGAAAUAUAUGUUUUUCUGUUAUGGGUUUUGCCAUGUAUGUGCUCAGAACUCUGCUUGACAAAUAAAAUAAUAUCUUGAGAGAUUAAGCUUGCUUAGUGGUUUUAAAGUUGCUAAGAGAUUUGACAGGUUAAUGUGAUGUAAGAGCUUGGGUUGAAUCUUGGGUCAGGAAAAAAUUGCUUUGAACGAUAUUAUUGGGACAGCUGUGAAAACUUGAAUAAGGAAAAUUAGACGCCAGCAUCAUAUUAGUGCCAAUUUGGUUCUGAUACUUUUGUUCUGCUUAAAUUUCCUGAGGAAAUGUCUGCUGGGAGAUGAAGAACAUGGUGGGCCAGAAAAGAAUAAGCUUUAUACAUAGAGAUAGAACAACAAAGCAAACAGUGGCGGAACGAACGUAGCUUGUAUUAUCCAAAGAGAUGAGUCACCCAUGGAAAAAGGGCUCUCUGGUCUUCGAGGAAGGGACUUCGAGCUCUCUGACGUGUUUUAUUUCUCCAAGAAGGGAUUGGAAGCCAUUGUGGAAGAUGAGGUGACCCAGAGGUUCUCUUCCGAGGAGCUCGUGUCAUGGAACCUCCUCACGAGAACCAAUGUCAACUUUCAGUACAUCAGUCCGAAGCUCACUGUGGUGUGGGUACUGGGUGUCCUAACACGCUAUUGCCUCCUGCUACCCCUGAGGGUUACCCUGGCUUUCAUUGGGAUCAGUUUGCUGAUUAUAGGAACUACACUGGUUGGGCAGCUUCCAGACAGCAGCCUCAAAAACUGGCUGAGUGAACUGGUGCAUCUCACCUGCUGCAGGAUCUGUGUUCGCUCCCUGUCUGGUACUAUUCACUACCACAACAAGCAGUACAGACCCCAGAAGGGAGGCAUCUGUGUCGCCAAUCAUACCUCUCCCAUCGAUGUGUUAAUCUUGGCAACGGAUGGAUGUUAUGCCAUGGUUGGACAGGUGCAUGGUGGCUUGAUGGGGCUCCUCCAGAGAGCUAUGGUCAAGGCUUGUCCACACGUCUGGUUUGAGCGCUCAGAAAUAAAGGACCGACAUCUGGUGACUAAGAGACUAAAAGAACACAUCGCAGAUAAGAAAAAGUUACCCAUUCUCAUCUUCCCUGAAGGUACCUGCAUCAACAAUACUUCAGUGAUGAUGUUUAAAAAGGGAAGCUUUGAAAUCGGAGGAACCAUAUAUCCGGUGGCAAUAAAGUAUAACCCUCAGUUUGGAGAUGCAUUCUGGAACAGUAGCAAAUACAACUUGGUGAGCUACUUGCUUCGAAUAAUGACCAGCUGGGCCAUCGUCUGUGAUGUGUGGUACAUGCCUCCAAUGACCAGAGAGGAAGGAGAAGACGCGGUUCAGUUUGCCAACAGGGUUAAAUCCGCCAUCGCUGUCCAAGGAGGGUUGACUGAACUUCCCUGGGAUGGCGGUCUGAAGAGAGCAAAGGUGAAGGACACCUUCAAGGAAGAACAGCAGAAGAAUUACAGCAAAAUGAUCGUGGGCAGUGGCUCUCCCAGCCUGGACCGGAACUGAAGUACUGUGGACGGGCCUGGCUUCCGAGAACUGGCCUUUAGAAAUGAACUUUUAUACUAUCGUUUCAUUGUGUUGUUUUUUUCCCCCUGUUUGUUUAUUGUUAAUCUUUUCUACUGGAUGAUUGUCUCUACCUCUUCGUGCCAGAGGCAGAAGCUACAGGUGCCCUUUUGGACAUUUUUGUUGUGUAUUGGCUCAAUGAAUUGUAAGCCCGAUUCUUGAGUGGAGACAGACUGCCUUUUGCAAAAUGACAGUGUCAUUGAUGAUCGAAUGAAAUCUUUGUAUGCAAAAACGUGCUUCCAGAGUAGGUUUGGAACUUGUUAAUAAGAGAACUCUCAAAAAUGACUCCUAACUCUGUAAAUUGAUUGUCUCCUCUUUAAUCUCUUUUAUUUUAUUAUUAUUAUUAUUAUUGAGACAGGAUCUUAUUUAUGUAGCCCAGGCUUGCCUCAAACUCACUGUGUAGCCAAGACUGGCCAGGAACUCUUGAUUAUCCUGGGUCCAUUAGUGCUAGGACUACAGGCCUAUGCCCCACACCUCGCUGCUGAUUUCACUGUUGUAGCAAGGGUUCACACCACAGUGCAUUUCCCAUAUGGCCACCGUUACGGGAACGUUCUGCUGUGAGGUUGAAAGAAAAACGGAGGAUUCCUUUUAGGGGAAAGGACAAAUUUGUGGUCACCUGAUCUGAAAGGAAUGGAAUGGAGAUUAUAUUUCCUCAUGUGUUGGGAGAACGGUGCUGAUUGGUCAGAUUCACCCAGGAACCUCGUAGGAUCGGUGUUUGUUCCCACAACGCAUGUCAUCCAGCCACAGUGGGACCAGCUCCGGAAGAUCUCCUUUGUGUUACGACUGUCAUUAUUUUAGUUUUCCGAAGGGAAGGGGCCUUUGAAGAUAAUAAUAAUAAUCUCACUAUCUGCAGCAUGCAGGGGUGAGCUGUGUGGUUCUUGCCUCCUUCUGCCCUACCCUCAACCUCACUGUAGUGGUGUAGUCCCAGACUCUCCAGCCUGUUAAACAGGAAACGAAGUGGCAUAACUACCUUUUGGAAACUGAGCCUUGAGAUUUUUUUUUUUUUUAAGGGGAAACAAGCAUUCUCCGAGUCCGAUAACAUGAGCGAUAUUUGAUACAACGUAUUUCUGUUGUGAGAAUGUAACCAUGUACAGAAAGGGAACUGUCUUAUUGACAGAGAAUAAAUUUUAUAUUUUUUAAA